AUGGCUGCAAGGAAGGAUAAUGCAGUCCUUAUUGCUUGCCAAGCUCCCAACGGCCGUGUAACACGAGCUCAAGCUGCUAAUCGCGGAAGAUUUGGAGUGCCUCACCCAGCACCGGUACCUGUCAGAACUGAACGAAAACCGGUGACUAAAGGAAAGGCGAAACGGGGAGCUUCGGAUGAGAACACUUGUGCAAGUGCUCUAACUUCAGCUCCACCUCCUAAAAGGCGAGCAGCGCUCAAGGAUGUGACAAACAUAAGCUGUGCAAACUCGUUCAGAAAUGGCACUGCUGUGACUAAGCUACAGUCAAGGCCCACACAAAAGGUAGGGCUAAAUCGAAGCAAAAACAAGCAGUGCGCAAAGAAGGCCCCUAAGCCACCUCUUCCUACUGUUAGUGGAACUUCAUUUGUUGUGAAUGAUUCUCAUAACGUGGAAGAAACUCAGAAGGCAGAGCUUUUGCCACCAAAAGAGGAGCCCACUGCUCUGCUCGAAAACAAGGGAUCGUUGUCAUUAUGGAAUAUUGCACGGAACAGGGAGAGUGGUGUUCAUGAGCCAUUCUUUCAGGGAAGAAACACAAGAGAUAAAUCUGAAACUGCUGACUCAAACACUGGGGACUAUGUUGGCUUAAACGUUAUAGACAUUGACAAAGAUAAUGGCAAUCCACAAAUGUGUGCUUCCUAUGCUGCAGAAAUAUACAGAAACCUGAUGGCUGCAGAGCUUAUAAGGAGACCUAAAUCAAAUUACAUGGAGACUUUGCAAAGGGAUAUCACGAAGGGCAUGCGAGGAAUCCUGAUUGAUUGGCUUGUUGAGGUUUCUGAGGAAUAUAAACUUGUGCCAGACACACUGUACCUCACUGUAUAUCUUAUUGACCAAUUUCUUUCUCGGAAAUAUAUUGAAAGACAGAAACUACAACUUCUUGGAAUAACUAGCAUGCUGAUUGCCUCAAAAUAUGAAGAGAUCUGUGCGCCUCGUGUUGAAGAAUUUUGUUUCAUAACUGAUAACACAUAUACAAAAAAUCAGGUGCUGAAAAUGGAGUGCGAAGUGCUUAAUGAUCUGGGGUUUCAUCUUUCUGUUCCCACAAUCAAAACGUUUCUGAGGAGAUUCCUUAGAGCAGCACAUGCUUCUCAAAAAGCUCCUUGUGCAACUUUGGGCUAUCUGGGCAAUUAUCUCGCGGAGUUGACUUUGACCGAUUACAGUUUCCUGAAAUUUCACCCUUCGGUGGUGGCAGCCUCAGCAGUGUUCCUUGCAAGAUGGACACUCGACCAAUCAGACCUGCCAUGGAACUGUACUCUCGAGCAUUACACCUCAUACAAAAGUUCCGAUAUUCAAGGAUGCGUACGCGAUCUAUGGGAGCUGCAGCAGGGCAACACCAGUGGAAGUCCCCCCCUCAAUGCUAUACGCGAGAAGUACCGGCAGGAAAAGUUUGAAUGUGUAGCCAAUAUGCUGUCUCCGGCGAUGCCUGUGUCGCUCUUCCUCUUCCAUAGACAAGCUAACGGCACCAGCCCCCUGCUGAUCAACAACUCCUAG